UGCUGUUCAACCAGAUUUUUACCAUUUCACUUCAAUAAAAAUCAGACACCAUAUAACAUAUAGUGAUAAUAAAAUAACAUAUGUAGUAUGAAAAUAACUUCAUUUUCUUCUAACAAGUCAUAGUCAGUAAUCUAUAUUUGUCUACACAGGGUUUUCUUUUAAUUUCAUAAUCUGUGAAGAACCACAGGUUAACUUGCAAUACUGUUUGAGACUGGGAGAUAACCACCUUCAGGAUAGUGCUCUGAGACAGAAUUAUGGAUGACCACUAAAGCAUGAAUCAGGAAGCCCUUCAUCAGUUCGAUUAAAGUCAAGGAAAAACAUCUGUCGGACAUUUCAGGAUGACAGAAACUGAAUCGUACGAAGAUUAUUAUGAUCUUGAUAAUUCCACCAGUCCGUGCACCAACGACAAUAUUAAAUCUUUUUCACCAUGGUUUAUUCCAACACUUUACACCUUGGUUUUCAUAACUGGAUUGAUUGGAAAUGGCCUGGUUGUCUGUGUCCUGAUCAAAUUCAAAAAGUUAAAAAGCAUGACUGAUGUUUACCUCCUGAACUUGGCCAUAUCGGACUUAAUCUUUGUCUUUUCUCUGCCUUUCUGGUCUCACUAUGCAGCCAACAACAACUGGGCUUUUGGAGAAUUCAUGUGCAAAACAAUCACAGGGUUUUAUCUGAUUGGCUUCUACAGUGGCAUCUUCUUCAUCAUGAUUCUGAGUAUAGAUCGCUAUCUGGCAAUAGUAUGUGCUAUUUCUGCUACGAAGCUCAGAUCUGUUACCUACGGUUUACUUAUGAGUGUGGUAACAUGGGCUAUCAGUGUUUUUGCUUCAGUUCCUACACUAGUAUUCAGCCAAGUGAAAAAUGAGUCGACUGGAUUCACUUGUAAAACUGAGUUUUCUGAAAAUGAGAAGACAAAGUGGCAGCUGGUCAUAAAUUUUGAAAUAAAUAUUUUAGGUCUUCUUAUUCCUCUCUGUAUCAUAUUUUUUUGUUAUUUAAGAAUCCUUCAAAUUUUAAAAAAGUGCAGGAAUUGCAAAAAGGAAAAAGCAAUCAGGCUCAUUUUUACUGUCGUUACUGUAUUUGUCUUGUUUUGGACACCAUACAAUAUUGUAAUUUUCUUAAAAUCUUUGGAGGUAGGUGGAUAUAUCAAUGACUACAUAGAUAAAUGUUUACUCUCCAUUCACAUAGACUUUGCACUGCACUGUACAGAAACUUUAGCAUUUGUCCAUUGCUGUCUGAAUCCAGUGAUCUAUGCGUUUGCUGGACAAGAGUUCAGGAAGUUAGUUAAAAAACGUAUGUUUCCAUGGUGGAAUUGUAUUAUUUGCAAAGAAUGCAAAACACAUCGGUUUGAAUGGUCAGAGACUGGCAAUACAACCUAUAAGAAGUCAAGUGGAGAGUCUUAUAUCUAGACAGUUUUGUGUGUUUGUCCACACUGCGUCUACAAUCAAGAUCAUUUUCAUAAUGAACCACCACAGGAGUUGGACAAUAUUAUCUAUUAGAGUGCAGGAAUUUGCACACCUGUUUGAAUGCUUUCAUUUCUAUGAAUGGCUUAGUCAUCACCAGUGAAAUGAUGGACUGCUGUCACUCAGAAGUGGGCAAGCAAACAGUAAUUCUAACAGUAAUUAAGUAAAGCUUAAUUUUAAAACCAAAUUACUAUAAUGUUAAAGUGAGGUUUAGAGAUUUAAUAAAUUAUGAUCCAUCCUAGUGUAUAAAUGUUACCUUACCUUUUCUUUUUCCCUGGCCUGUACUGACUCAUGUUUGAAUUGAUUGUGUGAGAUCAUCUGUGUGUUUUUCUGGUUUUGUACUUUCUCUUAAACUGUGUUCAUAGUGCCUUUAUUCCAGUAACAGAUACAGUAUUCAUUAAGCUUUACACACCAUGUGUAAAAGGAAAAUCUGUAAUAUGAAACUUGUAGAAUACAUUAAGAUAACUAUGACUUGAAUAUAAUGGUUGUUAAAACAAUAUCUUUACUCUGUUAAUAUAUCUUACACUGGUUAUCUUCUUACACAUAUUGCUUUAACAAUAAUGAAAUUAGAAUGUAAAUACAUGUUAAAGUUUGCUUUCUUCUGUUACUGCUUGUUACUGUACGUCUGGAACUGCUUCAUUUUAAAAGGAACCUCUUAGUGGUUGCCUUUGAGUUUAAAUUAGGACUGGAAUGAAAUGUCUCCAUUUAGCACUGUAGCAGAAAGAAUAAACAAUUGCCAGAAGCAUUCUGUCACAGCCCCCUCACUGUCUGCCAGUCAUGGCUCAGAUAUGCAUGUUUAAACAGUACAGUGUGCAUCCAGCUUGGAUAGUCUACCUACAUGUAGUUUUCACUAGGCAGCUGAGGUCCUCGAUGUCUUUCAAGGAGGAGUCUGAUCUAAUGAAAACAAUCCCAAGAUUUACCGCAUUGCAUAAUUAUACACUGCUGUGUGUAGAGACUGGUUUUCCAACAUGUUUAAAAGCAGGAUACCUGUCACAUGCCUCAGUAGGAGAGAAGCCUGUUCAAACAGACUGUGACUAUGAGAGAUACAGUAUAUGAGAAAUGGACAUUGCAAAUAUAGCAUUUCAGGAUGUCAAAAAUAUACUUUCCGUGCUGGUUUUUAAGGAUAUAUGCUUUCCAUGUAUGUCUCUUUUCCUAACACCACUUUUAUGGCAACACAGGUGAAUAUGCAUGCUGUAUCUCUGUAUAAAACACAUCUAGAAACCUGAUUUCUAAGGUGAAGGAAUGAGAUAACGUGGAUGUGUUUCAGGACUACACUGAACUGCUCUCCACCUGUUCAUUCCUACAUGAGCAUAAGUUUUAGACUUUUUAAGGUUAUAUAAUUUCAGAAGUUGAUUACAUGUUUGUAUUGUUGUGACUAAGGCUGGGCAUGGAAGUUCAGGUUCAGAUAGUUAGAACAUCUGUACUUUCCAACUUGAUUGCCUUACUCAGAUGGUUUGGAGAGAUAUCUGUUUGAAUAGAUAUUGUGUUGCUACUGUAUACAUUGCUAUAGGUUUGAAAUCAUGGAGAAAGACACAGAUGAUUAAAUGAUCCAAAAGUGUCCAGGCCAUUCCUAGUGAAGUCAUUAAGUCUCCAUGGGAAUGUACAGUAGCAUACUGUAAAUGCAGAAACAUACUGUAAAUACUGAAACAUACUGUAAAUGCAGAGACAGAAGAUAGGGGAAGUAAGAAAAGAAGCAAAGAAGAAACAUCAUCCAUUGUAUUGCUAUACAAGCCAAAGCUUGUAUCAUAAGUGAAGACCUCCUUGAAACCAGGCAAUGUCUAGGUACAGUACAGUAAUGUGAGUUGCUGAAAGGACUCUGAGCUUUAUUAUUAUAGAAGAGAGCUUCCUGCCUAAUUUACUUAAGGAAUGACUAAAUUGAUUUCCAUUCAUUGGCGAGUAUGCAUUUAGAAAGGGAGAUUUAGACCUAGGUAAGAUUUAUUUUCUCAGGUCUCAUGUACUCUCUGUGACCAAAUAAGGUGUUUUAUGUCUUUAGAUUAGAAGGGUAGUUUAUCUAUCUAUAGACGGUAGAGCUCUGAAACUCAUUGAACUGUCAAUAUCUGUACAUAGUGUAACAAUUGUUUAUAUUGUAACUGUUGGUUGUUGUGCAGUGUUGUGUGUUUAUAUAUCAUAAUAAAUAUU